AUGGCGCGGUUCGAAGACGAGGACGAAGAUCGCCAGAUGCGGCAAGCACGCAUCGAGGUCCUCAGCUUCCUGGAGCGCAGUCCAACUGCGGAGCGGCACUCGCAGGCCUUGGCUUCAGUUCUUCAGCGCGAGGAUCCGAAGCUCUGCUCUCGAGCCAUCCGUCUUCUCAAGGCUGUCUUUUUUGUCCUUGGGAUCUAA